UCAUUAAAUUUUGUGAAGCAAAAGCUAGGUACCUACCUAUGCAAAAAUAACAAUUAUCCAAAAAUUAUUUAAUUCAAGUUCAUGACGUUUGAUAGUGAUAAACUAGGUAAACUAGUGAUAUUUACAGUGAAAAGUUAAAUGUUACAGUAAAACAAAUUGAAAAUUUUAAUCUUUUAAGAGAAGCAUAUUAAUUAACUGACGGAGUGAACGCUUAAAAAUGUGCAGCAAAGCGAAAUAUUUAUGCUUUUACCCCUUAUGACUAUUAUUAUGAAUUUAUCGAUAACAUAAAUGAAAUUAAUUGAGAAAAUAAUAGUGUAAUUAGAAUAAAUGAAUUAUUUAACAUUAAACAAUGGUUGGAAACGUAUCCGUUACGGACGCUUCAAUAAAUGUCUUGGAUGAAUCGGGUAAUUUAAUCCCUGCUGCUAGUAAUUUUUGUAAAGAUUACAUAAAAGGAUGUUGUAAUCGCGAAAACUGCAGAUUUAUUCAUGAAAUACCAUCUAAAUUACAUUUGAAGGAACUUUUUGUGUUUUGUCAUGAUUUUCAAAACAAAGGUUGCAUGAGACCAAACUGUAAAUUUCUUCAUAGUACAGUUGAAGAACAAGAACAUUUUUACAGUUCUGGCAAAUUUCCUCGUAUACUAAAUACAACAAUGCCUAUUUGUCAGGCAUACAGACAUGGAAGUUGUCCUAACAGAGAAUGCAAAUUUAUGCAUGUAGAUCUGACUAAUGAAAACCUUGCCAUUCGAAAUCCACCACCCCCAAUAUUUGACAGGCCUAUACUGAGAGAUGAUGCAUCACCUCCUGAGGCUAAAUUAAGAAGAUACACUUAUGAAGAGUCUGGAAUUAAUGAACAUGUGAUACAAGCAACAGCAAAUACUUGUUCAAAUUGUGAAGUAUUAGACCAUAGGGUAAAAUUAUUGCAUGAUAAUAUCAGUGUCUUACUUAAGAAAGUGACAGAAUUGACGGAGAAGAAUAUUCAAUUGACCUCCAUGAAUGAAUUUUUGUUAGAGCAAACAGCGUCAGUACGGCCUGAUCAACCAUGUGUGAUCACUUCAAGACAUGGAACUUCGGCACCUGUGUCCCUUGCAACUGUUAGUGUAACUCCAGUUGUAAGCCUUGCUGGGGCACUCCCAACAUUGAUGCCAGGAGCAGCUACACCCAACCUGACAUUAGCCCCUGCUGCCUCUCAAGCACAACUUUUAACCCCUGCUCCCCAAAUACUUACCGUAAGCACCACUCAACAAUUGAUGGGAAAUUCUGGAGCUCUAAUAGUAACAAGUGCAGGAGCUCAACAACUAAUGCAAGUCAGUGAUUCUGGUACAUUAAUGGGUGGGGGACAAACUGUAGUAGCUGUUACACCAGCACAACUUACACUUGCUCCCCCUACACAACAGUUAAUGAGCAAUGGUCCACAGACUGCUGUGCAACAUCUGGUUCAAUCUCAACUGCCACAACACCAAGCAUCACAAUUUGCACAACAAUCUGCUCAACAUUUGGCUGCAGCACAGCAGUCGGCUCAACAACUUGCAGCUGCUGCACAGCAAUCGGCCCAACAGUUAGCAGCACAACAGUCAGCACAACAACAACUUGCACCGAGUCAACAGUUGGUACAUCAAACAUCUACACAGCAAAUUACAAUCUCCAGCACUAGUCAACCCUUGGCCCUGACAAAUUCUCAAGCACAGCCCAUCACAUUUCCAAUUAUUUCACAGAGCAUAUUGCCCCACUGAUUGUGUUUGGGUUACAUAUCUGGGUAUCUUAAGUGAGAGGCAUUAGUGUGGCAAGUAAUAUGUGAUGAAUUGUCCAUGAUUUUUCAUUUUGUGUUUGAAGGCUGCUGAGGGAGGGACAAGAAACAAUCUGGGGAACCAUGUGAUAGUGUAUGUUGUGUUCAUUGUAAAUGUAAGUUGAUUUUCAACAACGUUGUUGAAACACAUGUAAUUCUAAAAUUACCAAAUAAUUUUAUGACCAUAGUCAAAGUGAAGUGAGGUAGAAAAAUAAAGAUGGACAAUUAAUUAUAAGCAGUAUUUUUAUUACGAAGAAUGUUAAUUUUUAUUGGAUUGCAUAUUGGUACAAAUGUUGAUACAAAAAUAAAGCAAAAAUAAAACUUAAGAUUUGAUUUAAUUGCAUUGAUUGGUACUAAAUUUUAUUAGAAUAAUUGGUACUUACAUGCAUUUCAAUUAUACAUUUGAAAUUUGAAUGGUUAUGAGACAGAAGAUUUUACUUUGGUUACAAUAAGAACUUUAUUAUACUUUAAGCUAUAUUCAUUGUUAACAUGAGUCUUGAUAGCAAUAUUACGAUUAUGCCAUGCAAUUUAAUGUGUGUAUGAUACGCAUAUUACUCUGUUAACUUUUAAUAAUAGCUUUGUAAGCUACAUACACCUAUCAGAAUUAUUAUAUGUAAAAAGGUGAGAGGUGUAGUGUUCUAACUAUAUUUAAUGAGAUAAGUUAUUCACAUAAUUUAUGUUGUAAUCAUAAUAAAAUAAUCUGUUAGAAUAA